AUGGCCCCCGAGACCCCGGCCCCGCGGCCGGCGCCGCGCUACUUCACGUGGGACGAGGUGGCGCAGCGCGGCGGGCGCGGCCAGGAGCGGUGGCUGGUGAUCGAGCGGAAGGUGUACAACGUCAGCGAGUUCACCCGCCGGCACCCCGGCGGCUCCCGGGUCCUGAGCCACUACGCCGGGCAGGAUGCGACGGACCCCUUUGUGGCAUUCCACAUCGACAAGGGCCUCGUGAGGAAGUACAUGAACUCGCUCCUGAUUGGAGAGCUGUCUCCGGAGCAGCCCAGCUUCGAGCCCACGAAGAAUAAAGAGCUGACCGAGGAGUUCCGGGAGCUGCGGGCCACCGUCGAGCGGAUGGGGCUCAUGAAGGCCAACCAUGCCUUCUUCCUGCUGCACCUGCUGCACAUCCUGCUGCUGGACGCGGCCGCCUGGCUCACGCUGUGGGCCUUCGGGACGUCCCUCGUGCCCUUCGUCCUCUGUGCGGUGCUGCUCAGCGCGGUGCAGGCCCAGGCUGGUUGGCUGCAGCACGACUUUGGGCACCUGUCUGUCUUCAGCACCUCUACAUGGAACCACCUGCUCCAUCAUUUCGUGGUCGGCCACCUGAAGGGGGCCCCCGCCAGCUGGUGGAACCACUUGCACUUCCAGCACCACGCCAAGCCCAACUGCUUCCGCAAAGACCCAGACAUCAACAUGCACCCCUUCUUCUUUGCCUUGGGGAAGAUCCUCUCCGUGGAGCUUGGGAAACAGAAGAAGAAGUACAUGCCGUACAACCACCAACACAAAUACUUCUUCCUGAUUGGGCCCCCAGCCCUGCUACCUCUCUACUUCCAGUGGUACAUCUUCUACUUCGUCAUCCAGCGGAAGAAGUGGGUGGACCUGGCCUGGAUGAUCACCUUCUACGUCCGCAUCGCCCUCACCUACACGCCCCUGCUGGGGGUGAAGGGCCUCCUGGGCCUGUUCUUCAUGGUCAGGUUCCUGGAGAGCAACUGGUUUGUGUGGGUGACGCAGAUGAACCAUAUCCCCAUGCACAUUGACUACGACCAGAACAAGGACUGGGUCUCCACCCAGCUCCAGGCGACGUGCAACGUGCACGAGUCGGCCUUCAAUGACUGGUUCAGCGGGCACCUCAACUUCCAGAUCGAACACCACCUCUUUCCCACGAUGCCGCGACACAAUUACCACAAAGUGGCCCCCCUGGUGCGCUCCCUGUGCGCCAAGCACGGCAUCAAGUACCAGUCCAAGCCCCUGCUCACGGCCUUCGCAGACAUUGUGCACUCACUGAAGGAGUCAGGGCAACUCUGGCUAGAUGCCUAUCUUCACCAAUAA